AUGAUUUCCCUUCGACUCCUCACGUUGGCGCUUCUAUUUUCAUCGACCUGGGCCAGUCCAACCGCCACAUCUCCCUCGAUGCUGCCUCCUACAGCGGCGUCCAGCUCAACAGACGUCGCAGCAGUCCAACUCAACCAACUCGCACGUUCCGCACUCAACUUAGCCCUCGAUAUAGUCAUCAACAAUAUCACGAGCAAAGAAUCGGGAGGUUGCACAAUGGAAAAACUACAAGUCCGCCGCGACUGGAGAGCGUUUUCACGGGCACAGAAAAAGGCAUAUAUUGAAUCCGUGCUCUGUUUAACCCAUCUCCCCCCCAGCACGCCCGCAAAAGACGCAAGAGGAGCCAAGAAUCGGUAUGAUGAUUUUGUGGCCCUACACAUCGUUAAGAGCAAUUUCGUGCACCGCACGGCUGCGUUCUUGGCCUGGCAUCGGUACUUUGUUUAUGGUUUUGAGCAGACCUUGCGCAAUGAGUGUGGAUAUACUGGUGAUUUCCCGUACUGGAACUGGGGCGCAGAUACCGAAGACAUGACCAAGUCCGAAGUAUUCGACGGAAGCGACACAUCCUUAUCCGGCAACGGCGCCUUCAUCCCCAACCAGCCCGAUAUCUCCAUCAACAUGGCCGGAUACCCUCAGCUGAACUUCACUGCCGGGACGGGAGGCGGCUGCGUGACGAGCGGACCGUUCCGGAACUACACAGUUGACAUGGGGCCAUCGUCCCUGUCAAUGCCCGGUGGGAACGUGAGCAGCAUGUCCAACCCACUGGACUAUAACCCGCGGUGCCUGAAACGGUCCCUCACGACAUCCGUCCUCCAAAGCUACGCCAACUACACCGCGAUCGUGCAGCUGAUCCUGAACAACCACGACAUCUGGGACUUCGAGACGGGCAUGCAGGGCGUCCCGAGAAGUGGGCUGGGCGUUCACGGAGGCGGACACUACGCGAUGGGCGGGGAUCCCGGCCGGGAUAUGGAUGUCAGUCCUGCGGACCCGGCGUUCUGGCACCACCACGGCAUGAUCGAUCGUGUGUGGUGGAUCUGGCAGCAUCUGGAUCUAGAGGAUCGGCAACAAGCUAUUUCGGGGACGGGCACGUUCAUGAAUCACCCCCCAUCGCCGAAUACUACGUUGGAUACGAUGCUGGAUUUGGGGUUGGCAGUUCGUGGUGCUCCGGCUGCCAUGCGGGAGCUGAUGAGCACGACGGCGGGGCCCUUCUGCUAUGUGUAUUUGUGA